AUGUCCGGCGCGUCAUCUCAGCCUGGUCACCGCCGGCCAGUAUGGGGUCGAAAGAAAGACAUGUUCUACAUCGUCUUCCUCUUUCUGGUGGUCUUCCUCGCAUUGACAAUCGACUUCGUGCCAUUGUACCCAGUAGAAUUACCUUCGUGGGCGACGGCGCUACACGACUACUAUCGUAUGAAUUACAACGAUCCUCUCUACGCGAAAGACCCGCCGUUCUUUCGGCUGUACGUCUUUAUCGAAGCAAUAUACUCGGUUCCGACGUGCAUAUGGGCAAUUAGAGGUCUUAUCCAAGAUAACAACAUGGUUCCGGUGUAUCUACUCGUCUUUGCGACGCAUCUGGUAACAUCCACCCUCGUUUGUUUCGUGGAAGUGUUGGCUACAAAGGACUGGCCGAAGGAAGACAUCAACAAGAACCUCCCUGGAUAUGUGAUUUUCUUCGCCGUUGCGUCCGUCUUGUGGGUGGACAUGUUCUCGCGCGUAAAAACAGCCUUGAAAGGGAAAACGAAGUUGAGUUGA